AUGGCUCCCAUUGGCGUCGCUAUACUUGGCAGCGGCAUUUUCGUCGAAAGCCAGCACAAACCCGCCUGUCUUCAGGAUCCAGAACUCUUGACUCUCAAAGCAAUCUACUCUCGUAGAAAAACAUCCGUUGAAUCCAUCAUCGCUAAUGAAACCAUUCCAAUUGACGUUUACUCUGAUGACUCCGAACCCGGGAACAACUUGGACGAUUUGUUAAAAAGAAGCGAUAUCGCUUUUGUGAUCAUUGCCCUUCCAAUCCCCCAUCAACCUGAAUUCAUCAAAAAGGCCCUCUCAGCCGGAAAGCACGUUCUCUCCGAGAAGCCGGUCGCGAAGGAUCUUGCCACCGCAAAUGAGUUGAUCAGAUGGAAGAAAACAAACGCGCCGGAUCUCAUCUGGUCUGUUGCCGAGAACUUCAGAUAUUGGCCUGCAUUCGACUACGCAGAGGAAAAGGUCAAGAGUCUUGGGAAAGUUCUAGCUUUCCAUGUUGAGGUUUUGCAACUUGUUGCCCCUGGUGGGAAGUAUUUCGAAACGGCAUGGCGUAAAGUUCCAACGUACCAAGGUGGUUUCUGUCUAGACGCCGGCGUCCAUUUCACAGCCGCUCUCCGUCGUCUAGUCGGCGAAGACCAAAUCGCUUCUCUAUCCGCCUUCACAAAUCUGGCCCAGCCACAUCUUCCUCCAAUUGACACCAUCAUGUCUACCAUUAAACUAAAAUCCGGUGUAUGUGGUACCUUCGCAAUGAGUCAUGGUACCCCCGCCACAAAAGUAUUCGAAUGGUUCAUAGUCUGUGAACAAGGAACCGUAAAGGUUUCAGACGGUCCAAAGGUAGUAGUAAAACAAUUGGAGAUGCCGGAGGAGUGGACGGAAUUCGGAGGGGAUAGGAAUGAGUGGAGUGGGGUUAAGAAGGAAGUUAGGGUUUUUGUUGAAUCGGUGAAGAAUGGUAAAGGAGUUGAAGGGUUGAGUCCGGAGAAUGCAUUGGCAGAUUUGGAGAUGAUUGAGAAGAUGAUUCAGUCUGGUGAACAAGGCGGGAGGCCGUUUGAGAUUACUGGAGGAAUUGAGCCGACGAGUAUUUUGGGGGACGUGGUUGAUAUGAUCAAGAACUCUUAG